AUGUCUCGCCGACGCCCGAAUUUCUCGACUCGAACUGCCGAAGAAGAUGUCUCUCGAUUAGAUCCAAACGAACCCGGAGCUUCAGCUGGAGGACAGGCCGGUUUUCUGUCUUUAGCACCAGUCAUAUCUCCUCGUCAACAGGAGCCAACCCCCGCAACGGCCGAACACGCCCACUGUUCAUGGAUAACAAAUCCUUUUCAUAUCCUGAGAAGUUGGUGGGCUGAUAAAGAAGAAGACAGAGAGAGAGUGGAAACGAGCGGAGCUACUGCAGUAUCACAUAUGCCUCUAUCUGCAGGCACUAUUCGUGACCUUAGCUCUGAUAAGAAGGAUAGGAUUGGACAUCAUGGACAUCGGCCGCGUGUGGCGGAGGAGUCGAAGAAGCUCGGCACAUUCUCUGGUGUAUUUGUUCCAACAACUCUGAAUGUGCUUAGCAUUUUGAUGUUCUUGCGGUUUGGAUUUAUCUUAGGCCAAGCAGGAUUGCUGGGGAUAUUAGUUCUUCUGGCUAUCUCAUACACUAUCAACUUGGUGACUACCAUGUCCUUAUCUGCCAUUGCAACAAAUGGUACUGUUCGCGGUGGUGGUGCCUACUACUUGAUCUCCCGAUCAUUAGGUCCUGAAUUUGGUGGAUCCAUCGGCAUCGUCUUUUACAUGGGACAUGUUUUUAACACUGGAAUGAAUGCAGUCGGAUUGAUCGACUGUUUUCUGCAAAAUUUCGGUUGCAUAUCUGGCAGCUUAGGGAACUUUCUACAAGAAGGCUUUUGGUGGUCUUAUCUAUGGGGAACAAUCAUUUUGGUUCUCUGUACGGCUAUCUGUUUGGCUGGCAGUUCCAUAUUUGCCAGAGCAAGCAAUGGACUACUGGUUAUUCUUCUUGUGGCCACUUUCAGUAUCCCGGUGUCCGCGGUCUUCAUGAAACCAUUCUACCGAGAGGGCGUUGAGUUUACAGGAUUGAGCUUGAAAACACUUGCUGAAAACCUGAAGCCACACCUGACAAAAGGAGCUGCAGGCAGUCAACUGAAAGGGAAGGAAACUUUUCAGGAUCUGUUUGGCAUAUUGUAUCCUGCCACAGGUGGUAUUUUCGCAGGUGCAAGUAUGUCGGGCGAUUUAAAGAACCCGAGCAAGUCAAUCCCCAAAGGAACCCUAUCCGGAUUGGCUCUUACAUUUAUUACAUACACCUUGGUGAUUCUUGCUAUGGCGGCAUCCAUUACCAGGGAAUCUUUUUACAACAAUGUUAACGUGAUUCAGAUCGUCAAUUUUUCAGAUAGCGUGAUUCUACUAGGAGAGUUUGCAACCAGUUUCUUCUCCGCAUUGAUGGGUGUCAUCGGAUCUGCAAAGCUUCUCCAAGCAAUUGCCCGAGAUAGCUUGCUACCUGGCCUUGGAAUGUUUGCUCAAGGCACAAAGAAAAACGACGAGCCAGUUUAUGCCAUAUUUAUGACUUUCAUCCUCGCUCAACUCGCAAUGUUGUUUGAUAUCAAUCGUAUUGCGUCUUUUGUGACCAUGAUAUACUUGAUGACUUUUCUGGUCACGAACCUGGCCUGUUUUCUGCUAAAAAUAGGAUCUGCACCAAAUUUUCGACCAUCUUUUCAUUACUUCAAUUGGCAGACGGCCGCUGCGGGUGCGUUGGUUAGUGGUAUUAGCAUGUACUUUGUCGAUGGUCUUUAUGCUACCGGCUGUGUUGGCAUCUUACUCAUGCUAUUCCUGUUAAUUCAUUAUACCACGCCGCCUAAGCCCUGGGGAGAUGUCAGUCAGAGCCUGAUCUACCACCAAGUGCGGAAAUAUUUGUUGCGUCUGCGCCAGGAGCAUGUGAAAUUCUGGCGGCCGCAAAUUCUUCUGUUUGUGAGCGAUCUUGACCGCCAGUACAAAAUGGUCUCCUUCUGCAACUCGUUGAAGAAGGGUGCCCUGUUUGUGCUUGGCCAUGUUAUUGUGACGGAUGACUUUUCGCCAGCCGUUUCGGAGGCUCGUCGACAGCAAAGCGCAUGGACCAAGUUAGUCGAAUAUUCCAAGAUUAAGGCCUUUGUCAAUAUUGCCAUCUCCCCCGCUGCCGAAUGGGGUAUGCGGAAUAUCGUUUUGAAUUCAGGACUUGGAGGUAUGCGGCCGAAUAUUGUCGUCAUUGAUCAAUUUCGAGAAGACGAAACAUUAGUGGAAACUUUGUCGCAAAGCAGCAACUCUAAAUGGAGACGUCGAUCUUCUGUCUUUGGCUCACGACAUGACACGCCAGAUGGAGCCGCUGUCCCGGUCAACCCGAUGAGUCUUCAAACUUACGUGACAGUUCUCGAAGACCUUCUAUUCAAGCUACGUAUCAACGUUGCUGUAGCAAAAGGAUUUGAGGAUCUCGAGCUGCCCGAUCCUCACGGCCGCCACACGAAAAAAUACAUAGAUCUCUGGCCGAUUCAAAUGUCCGCUGAAUUGGGAGCCGAUACAGAGAGUAAACAAAAUGUGUUGACCACCAAUUUCGAUACUUACACCCUCAUUCUCCAAUUGGGCUGUAUCCUUAACACUGUCCCUUCAUGGAAAAAGACGUACCGGUUACGUGUCGCAGUCUUUGUCGAGUAUGAGACGGACGUGGAUGAUGAGAGAGGACGAGUUGAAGCUCUCCUUGAAAAGCUGCGGAUUGAGGCCGAGGUCUCAGUCUUCUGGCUUGCUUGCGGGGACGUGAAAUCCUAUCGCAUUAUAGUCAACGGUGAUACCUCUGCUGAGGUGGCAGACGCUCAGGAUAAUGUUAAGUCGGUUCUGGGAGGCGAGGAAUGGUGGCAGGGAGUCCUGAAAGCUCGCAAUCACUCCCAGAGUUCCCAAGAGACCGAUGCAAUGAGUGAUGACGUGCAACUUAGCAGAGAAGCCACGUGGCCAGGGUCUCCAGGCCAAGAUGCCGCAAACAGGCCCUUGCCUCAACGUGUGACUGGCCUUCGAAAGCUGAUCCAGUCAAACAGACGCAGGCGAUCCGUUUCUAGCUUCAGAGCUAUGGGAGGUGUCAAUCUGGGCAUGCAAACCCAUCGCCUUCUAGAUGCAUUUGUUGACUACGAUGGGGAUAACUCAAGUAGCGAGAGCAGUGAUGAUAGCGAUCUAGAUCCCUACAUUAGCGACCCGGAGGUCGAUGGCGACGAUGAAGAAAACGAACGCCAACCGAGAGAUAACGUCAGCGGAGGAAAUGGAUCUUCUCAGUUGUUUGUUCGGUCUAGGAGUGAUGACCAUAGCCUUAGUAUCAGCCCAUCGACCCGACUACCUGAACAAUCCUCUCCAGGAGGCCCUGGAGUCGACUCCGCGACACAACAAGUAAUCCCCUCAAUAGUCACGGAAGACAAUGCAUCCCCAAAGAGUGGGUCUCCUGUGCGUCCUGUUCGCCCAACUAUGAGUCGCUCCGCCUCCAGCAACCGUUUCAGCUCCUCUCCAAUCCCAGAAGCCACGGUCAAUACUGGAGAAGAAGGGGCCGGGCCGUCAAUCAUGUUCGCAUCCAAUGCAUCACCGCCCCGAUUCUCACAGAAACUUGACUCCAUUUACGCCCGCCGCCCAUCUGCUAUAGCACCUAGUCCCACUAGUGCACAGAGCAGCCAAACAGCGUCUGGAUUCCCAGGCCCAGCAUCCAUUCCGUUGUCUUUCAAUGAUCUUCCUAGCCGAGCUCAGCACCUCAUUCUCAAUGAGUUGAUGGUUCAGCAGAGCCACGACACAGCCGUCAUCUUUACCACGUUGCCCUCGCCGGUAGAGGGUACAUCUCUCAGCGAGCAAGAUAGUGCUUCGUACGUGAGCGACCUGGAGGUCUUGUGGCAGGGUCUCCCUCCGUGCUUAUUGGUUCACAGUAAUAGCAUGACUGUGACUAUGAACCUAUAA